GUAAUUACAAAACAGUGGAUUGUAUAUAUGAAAACAGCCUUGAAAAAAAGGGAAAAAAUAAAGUGUAUAAAAAAAAAAAAUCUCAGAGCAGGAAUUCUGAGAAAUCAUGACACCAUAACAAAAUGUUUGCACCAUCUGCUCACGCAGUCUUCUUCUUCUAUGAAAGGUAAUACAGGCAGGCAGUGCAGUUUCAUCAGAGCUGAGCUAGAGUCGGUGCCGUUACAGGAUUGCUCAAUGGGUUGUGUCACCACCAAGGAGGCUGGACUGGUCGGGCGGAGUGUUUGAGCUCUGAGCUCAACAUCACUCACUCUCUGCCUCUCUCUCGGAGAGUGUGUCUCUUUCUCUCCUCCUGUCUGUCUCUCUUUCUCUCUCUCUCUCUCUCUCUCUCAGUCUGGACUCUGAGGGAUCAAGGAUUUUCUCACCAAAAGUACACAGACAUCAGAGCCACACAGAAGGAAAAAAAAAGGGACUUGGAUUGGAUUAUUAUCACCGAAUCUGCUGAAGUUGAUCUCAACUCAUUCUAAUCUGGAGAAAUGGAGCGCACUGUCUGUGGUUUAUUCUAACAAGGACACACAUCCUAUAAAAGCUCUCGUUUUUUUGUUUUUUUUUGCUUUUUGAUGGUGAAUCGGUCCAUCAGGAUGAACUUGCAGUGGAGCAGCCCGGCGUCCUGCAUCCGCACCAGCGCGAGAGUCGCUCACAAGCGGCUGGACUCGGACGACCAUCCGCCGGCGAAAUGCGCCCGGCUGAGCAGCACCGAGGCUGGAGACACUCAGGGACUCCUCCUCAGCUCCUCUCCCGGUUCCCCGGUGAACCCCGUCUCCAACCCGGUCCCCCCGGCCACCCACCAGGGUCCAUCCCGGAUAGGACCGUUCCUGCUGCUACCUCUGGCGGACCGGGAGAGCGUGCACAGCGCCAUGAACACCGACACCGGAGACGAGCUGCUGUGCAAGGUCUUUGAUAUGGGGGUGUACCAGGAGAAAAUCAGAUCCUACGGGAUCCUACCGGCCCAUAGGAACGUGGCCGGCGUCAGGGACAUCAUCCUUGGCGAACGCAAGGCCUACGUGUUCCUGGAUAAGGACUUUGGGGACAUGCACACCCUGGUGAAGAGCUGUCGCAGGCUGGACGAGGAGCACGCCUGCAGGCUCUUCCGUCAGGUGGCCUUGGCCGUGGCACACUGCCACCAGGUGGGCAUCGUGUUGGGCGACCUCAAGCUACGAAAGUUCGUCUUCGCCGACGAGAAAAGGACGCAGGUGAGACUAGAAAGCCUGGAGGACUGUCGCGUCCUAGAGGACCCGGACAACGACUCCAUGUCCGACACCCACGGCUGCCCCGCCUACGUCAGCCCGGAGAUCCUCAGCGGCUCGGCGCCUUACUCCGGCAAGAUGGCCGACAUGUGGAGCCUGGGGGUCAUGCUGUACACAAUGCUAGUCGGCCGCUACCCCUUCCACGACCCGGACCCGGCCACGCUGUUCUCCAAAAUCCGCCGGGGCCAGUGCUGUUUGCCAGAGGGCUUGUCGCCCAGGGCCAAGUGUCUGCUCCAGAGCCUGCUGAGGAAGGAACCCUGGGAGAGACUCACGGCGAAUGAGCUGCUCGCUCACCCGUGGUUCCACCAGCCGCCGUCGUCGCAGGAAGUGGCGCUGGGGGAACAGGAAGUGAGCUCGGCGGAACAGAUGGUGCCGUCCUUUGACGCGGAAGGGGACGAUGAUCUGUUCUGCUGACGGACUUCGAUUCAGCUGAGUCUGGCUGAGGGACCAAAACAGAAGUCGCUAUGAUGGAUCCAUUGUUGUUGUUUUUUACAUUGGCACUUUUUAGAAAACCCAUUUGUGUACUGUCGAGUGUACAUACACCCUCAAGCUUUCUACAAGAACUUACUGUACUGUAUUUCGUUGUCGUAUGUGUGUUACUUGCUAAGGGCAUUGCUCACAAUGAUCAUUCAUUGUGUUUCUAUAUGUUUGAAAUUAUUUGGUGCUACAAAGAAAUAACAAGGACUUGAAUUUGCCAGAUUAUGUUAACAAAAUAAUCCCUGCAGGCUACUAUGAGUGUAUCACAGAAAAUUAACCCGUGGCAAACAGUAGUCACCGACGCUCGGACUCACGAGGCUUCAGAAAGCAUUACAUGAACCCUGAACGGGAGGCGAGGAGACGUGAUGUUGCUCCUCUCACUCCAGUCUCUGACCAGGCUGGAGGCUCCGCCGGCUGACUCACCGAGCGGCUCGAGGAAGGCCUCGCACCAGCUCGACGUCUCGCAGCAGGCGGUGUCACAGAGUGAGAAAGAUGCUUAGCAGAGGACUGAUGUGUCACGCUCGGCGGGGACGCUACACGAAAGGUGUCUCACUGACAAUCUGGCGGCGUCUCAGCAAACGGAGAGCAUUUACAAAUCUCACACCAGAAGGUUGAGAGAGAGGCAGGAUGUUACUGGUGUAAAACUCACAGAAAAGUCACACACUCAACAAUAAGCAGCGACACUGGGCUAAACACACAGAGAAAGGAAGUCAUUUUUUGUCAUUUUUAAUGGUUAAAACUAAAGAUUUUAUCUUUUUAAAAACAUGCUCAAACCUGACUUUAUCAUAUAAAACGUUGCAUCAGAACAGGAAGUGUCUAUUAACAAGGUCUGACCUCGCAAAUUUGACUGUGAUCAGUCUGUUAUGAAACGCUGUGUGUGCAAUUAGCCACACCUAAACCUAACACUAAUGCUUCUGGUUUAAAACAAAAUGGUUUUAAAGACUUGGCCACUUGCCUUUGCAGCAGCAGCAGUGAUAGUUGGAUAAAUGUUAUGCCUGAAGGCAUGCUGCUGUAGGAUUUUAUUGGAAAAAGUACAAAUACACAGAGAAUUCAAAUGGUUCUUCUUACUGAUGCAAUAUGAGUUAUCUCUCAAUCCAACAAUGUUUGUAUUUUUUUAAGAAAAUGUGUCAAAUAUCCAGUUAAGGAACCAUCAAGUCAGAAAGAGACACAUUACAGAAAAAUUAAGAGUUCCUCAGUUGAGCAGUUGAACCUGUUUUGUUCAUUUUCCGUUGGAACAUUAUGUCGAGCUGUGUCGCUUUAACAAAGCCGAGCUGUGCUGAGUGUUGUGCCCGUAUCACUGUGUUUCAUAAACUGAAUGGCUCUGAAUCAGUCGCAGCCGGGCGAUAUUUGAUGUUGGUUGUCUGACGGUGACUCAACACAUGAGCGUCUGUAGAGAACGGUCCUGACCUUGGCUGGAAGAAUCUGUUCUGACUGUUUCACCUCUUUUAUGGUACUUCUUUUUCCCUUCCUUUUUAUUUUAUUGCCGUUGAAAGCUGUGGAUCCACGGGGACUCGUCAUCAUUAGUUAGUGACAUGAUGCACCACGUUUUAAAGGUGUUUUAUCUUGGAUCGUGACAGGCGCACGCAGCGCUUCGGUGACGUUUCUCCUUAACAGGCUACUGUAGAUCUGCAGCCAGCUAUUUCACUCUGGCAUUCUGACGACGGUACUAAAUCUGGCAUAUCUGAGUAGCGCCAUGCAUUAAUUUUUUGGGUCACGCAGUGAGCUAAUAAAACGUCUGCUGCGGUUCUUUAAUUAUUUCUUCUCAUCUGCUCGAGAUGGGAACAGACUUGUGACAAUCUGAAUCACAGAAAAGUAAUUUAAGAGAUUUUUUUUUCUGUUCCUGGUUCAUAACAUGUAGAGUAAGUCACACAUUGGUGCGGCGCAUAGAGUAAACUGACACGGGUGCACAAACUUCAUAUUGCACUGUGAAUUAUGUAUUUGUGACACGACCUGGAGGCUAUUACUGGUCCAGACAGGUUACACACGAGAUAUAUUCGUUGUACAAAAGAUGUAAAUAUGUAGAUUUGAAAUAUGUGUGGAGAUGUUGAAUAAAGAUCACAUUUUUUUUCAUAUUCA